GAGUCCACGGCCCCAGAAUCAGGGUCUAGGAUGCCAGAGAAAGGGUGGAGAGGAAUCUCCAUGAAUCCUGGGGUUUUGCAUAAAGGCAAAGGCUAAGAAGGAAACAAAGAGUGAAAUUUUGUCAACACUAUUGAAUCUGGACCCCAUUCUAAGCAUGUCCCAUUUCACUAAUUGGAAGGGCACUCAGAUGGGAAGAAGCUCGAUGCCAUUUGACAACAUCAGAGUUCCCCAUGAGAGGAAGAAAGAGAACAAGAAGCCAGAGGACCUGCUUGGAGACAAGCAUGACCAGUACUCACCUCAUGAUCUGAUGCUGCUAAAGGAGGAGAGUGCUCAGAACACUGAGUACAAAACACGGGAGAAAGGAGAAGACAAGGCUGCCGAAGAAGACACUUCCCUUGGCAAAGCAGAGCUGCGAAAAGAUGCAAAGGACUGGAAGCUGCCGAUCUCCCUGGGCCCUGUGUAUCCACCAUUAAUCUCCUCGAAUCUGAGCAGCACCAAAACUUUGGGACGAAGCUGGGAAUUGCCUCCUCCAAUAACAAAGAGCAUCCAAAUACACGACGUACAUAUGACUCGUCUGCCCAAGCAGGGCCCUUUCCAACAGUUCAUGGACAUGAAAGUGGAGAAGAGACUGGCCGACUGGAAGGAGCGGCGAAGUCGCUUUGGAGACAUCAACAUGCACAAGUGCUACCAGUUUGGGCAGGUCUUCUCUCCUUUCCAGGCACUCGCCACCACAGAGAUGCGAAGACUGGUGUUUCCCCGAGACCUGCCUAUAAGUCCUCACGUGCAGAGAUUGGGUACUUUGUGCCCCACCGAUGUGAAUCCUCAGGAUUUAUCCUUGUCUUCCACAGAACUGGUCUUCAGAAAGGAUGACAAUCACCGUGAGAAAGAGAAACCACCACGCCACAUGAAAACACCUUUAUUCCCCCCAAUAGUUAGAGCAACAAAAUCUAAUGAUAUGAAAUAAAAAUUUCAAA